AUGCGCACGAUGCGAUUCGUGGCUCUCUCCUUCGUGCUCGGCUUGGCAGCUCAAACACUCGCCAAUCCCAUCCCCACAUCGCCCGAAGAGAAAUGGGUCGAUGUAGCCGCCGAGCAAGGUGGCCGGCUUCCUGCCCUCAACGCCCCGUCUCAAGGUCUCAAGCCAGAGCACGGCCCAGCGGGUAGACGCGGCGCAGUAGCUACCGAGAUCGAUGUAUGCUCCAACGUGGGCGCAGAUCUUCUCAAGCGUGGCGGAAGCGCUGCCGAUGCGGCCAUUGGGGCAUCGCUCUGUGUCGGUGUAGUCGCAGCUUUCCACAGUGGCAUCGGGGGUGGAGGCUUCGCCUUGAUUCGCACCGCCCAUGGACACUACUCGGAGGUCGACUUCCGCGAGACUGCCCCAGCAUUGUCCAACCAGACGAUGUAUGAGGAUACAAACAAGUCUUCGACCAUCGGUGGCUUGUCGGUAGGCACGCCAGGAGAGCUUCGAGGCUGGGAAGCUCUGCAUGCCAAGCAUGGCCAGUUGCCAUGGAAGGCUAUCUUUCAGCCUGCCAUUCAGAUCGCCAGGUACGGCUUCAAGGUUCCCUCUCAACUCUCCGUCUCCAUCACCCAAUACGCUGACAAGCUGCUUUGCAAGGAACCUCUGUGGGCAGAAGUGUACUGUCCAGGAGGCAAAGCUGCUCAGCUCGGCGACACGAUCAAACGGGUCCGCUAUGCGGACACGCUCGAGAUCAUUGCCGAGCAGGGUGUCGAUGCAUUCUACCAUGGUCCCAUCGCGAACAGGACAGUAGCGACUGUACAAGCUUCCGGAGGAAUCCUCACAAAGGCUGAUCUGGCCGCUUACAAGGUGGUUCAUCGUAGGCCUGCGCACAUUCAGUAUGGAAAGCACAAGGUCGUAUCCACUGUUGCUCCAUCCAGUGGAACUGUCGUUCUGAAUACCCUCAAUGUCAUUGGCCAAUACGAGGAUCUUCAAGAAGUUGGGACCAACCUCACGACUCACCGCCUCAUUGAAGCUACCAAGUGGGCAUAUGCUACACGCGCACACCUCGCCGAUCCUGACUUCAUCAAGAAUGUCAGCCAGAUCGAGUGGAAAAGUAUCACGGACGAAUCUGCACGCAAAAUCAAAGCCGAGAUUCGUGACGACAAGACCUUUCCUCCUGCGCACUACAAUCCCGAGCGUAUUGACAUCUUGACGGACUCUGGCACCUCGCAAUUGUCGGUCGUGGCAGCCGAUGGCUCCGCCGUCACCCUCACUACCACGAUCAAUCUCAUCUGGCGCUCGCAGCUCGUUACCCCAGACGGGAUCAUUCUCAACGAUGAGAUGGACGAUUUCUCCAGACCCGGCGGCAGCAACGCCUUCGGUUAUGUCGCUGCUAGCGCCAACUUCAUCAAGCCCGGCAAGCGUCCAUUGAGCUCCAUCUCGCCCGUCAUUGCCGAAAAGGAUGGCCAGAUCUCCUUUGCGCUUGGAUCGGCCGGUGGAAGCCGUAUCAUCACUGCAAACAUCAUCAACAGCUUCAACGCUCUCAAUGGCGUUGAUUUGCAAGACUCCUUGGCUCAACCUCGGUGGCAUGACCAGCUCCUUCCAGCUACGACGGUGCUGGAAUGGGCAGACUCGGACCCAAAGAUUCCAGGUUGGGUGGGGUACAGCAACAGCACGGCUGCUUUCCUUGCUGGGUUGGGUCACAACAUCAGCUACGCUGCCCCAGGCUCUAGCACUGCCCAGGGAGUUCAGCGCAAAGAGAGCGGACUUGUCAAGGGAGCUCACGAGCCCCGUCAGCUUUCAAGCGGUGCUGCUGGCGUCUGA